CUCUGCACCGCUUUACCAGUGACCAAAGACCUCUGAAGACCUCCACCACGGUCAAAUCUGCCGCUUCUUUGAUACCUCCUUCCACCCAACCUAUCUUUUCUUCUGCGCUUCCUCUUCGCCCACGGACAAACCUCGCGAACGGGCAAAUCUCUUCCAUUCCGAGUGCGCCUGGGCCUUUUUCAGUCCUUUCAACAAGGCCCCGCGAAGAAAGCGACUGCUCGUCCGCAUCAUCACCCCUCUACGCGCGUAUCCCCCCGUCUUCCCCGCCACAUCGACUUCACCAUGGCGCCCACGAUUGAGGAGCUGGACGCCAUGGUCCGCUCCUUCUACGAGGGACGUGGCGAACAGCAAAAAAAUGCCCAAGCAGCUUUGAAUCAGUUCAAAGAAGAUACCGAUGCUUGGCUUCUCGUCGACAAAAUCCUGUCCGAUGCUACGUACCCGCAAACCAAGUAUCUCGGCCUCCAGGUUUUGGACAAUGUUAUCAUGACAAGAUGGAAGGUGCUGCCAAGGGAACAAUGCCAAGGUAUUCGCAACUUUGUGGUGAACUUCAUUAUCCAGUGCUCGAGUACCGAGGAGUCGCUCAAGGCCCAGCGCACCCUGAUCAACAAGCUCAACCUUGUGCUCAUCUCCAUUCUGAAGCAAGAAUGGCCUCACAACUGGCCCACCUUCAUCAACGAGAUCAUAUCCUCAUGUCGGACGAAUCUCUCCAUCUGCGAGAACAAUAUGACGAUCCUACGACUUCUCUCGGAAGAGGUCUUCGACUACUCCGCUGAUCAGAUGACUUCGGCCAAGACAAGAAAUCUGAAGACCACGAUGUGCAACGAGUUCUCGCAAAUCUUCCAGCUCUGCCAGGAAAUUUUGGCUACCGCAAAUCAGGCAAGCCUCGUCAAGGCCACGCUCGAGACGCUGCUAAAGUUCUGCAACUGGAUCCCUCUUGGAUACAUAUUCGAGACACCAUUGAUAGAAACGCUGCGCACUCGCUUCCUAGAGGUCCCCGAAUUCCGAAACGUCACACUUCAAGUCUUCACCGAGAUUGGUGGCCUGACGACGGCUGCCCACGGCCAGCCAAAUGCAUACAGUGAGCAGCUGGUCAAGAUGUUCUGUGAGGUCCUCACCACUAUUGCGGGCAUCAUUCCGCUUGACCUCGACCUCAAGAGCACAUACCCCCAGAGCAACUCUAGGGAUCAGGAGUUCAUCCAGAACUUGGCGCUGUUCUUGUGCAGCUUCUUCGGCCAACACGUAAACCUCAUCGAGAACCUCCCGAACCGAGACUUCCUCACACAUGGCCACUUCUACCUGAUCCGCAUCUCCCAGAUCGAUGACCGCGAGAUCUUUAAGAUCACGUUAGAUUACUGGCUCAAGCUGGUCCAGGAACUCUACGAGGAGAUGCAGACUGCCCCCAUGCAGGAUAUGAACCCGUUGAUGAGCCUCGGUGGGCCCGCGUCGUCUACCGGCGCACCGAAUCCGAGUAUCCUCUCCAAUAUUCCGCUACGAAUGCACAAGUUCAAGGAGGUCAUGUCUAAUCUGCGUGUUGUCAUGAUUGAGAAAAUGGUACGGCCCGAGGAAGUGCUGAUCGUGGAAAAUGAUGAAGGCGAGAUUGUGCGAGAAUUUGUCAAGGAGAGCGAUACAGUACAGUUGUACAAAACCAUUCGCGAGUGUCUCGUCUACCUGACCCAUCUUGAUGUUGUCGACACGGAGCAGAUCAUGACCGAGAAGCUGCAGCACCAGGUCGAUGGGUCGGAGUGGUCAUGGCACAACUGCAACGUUCUCUGCUGGGCCAUCGGUUCGAUCUCUUUGGCAAUGAAUGAGGAAACAGAGAAGCGCUUCCUGGUCACUGUGAUUAAGGACCUGCUGGGACUGACCGAGAUGAAGCGUGGCAAGGACAACAAAGCUGUCGUUGCCAGCAACAUCAUGUACAUUGUCGGGCAGUACCCGCGGUUUUUGAAGGCGCACUGGAAAUUCCUUAAGACGGUCGUCAACAAGCUCUUCGAAUUCAUGCACGAGUCUCACGAAGGCGUCCAGGACAUGGCGUGUGACACGUUCAUCAAAAUCGCCCGACAGUGUCGACGUCAUUUCGUCGCGCUGCAACCCGCCGAAAACGAACCCUUUAUUGAGGAAAUCGUCAGAAAUCUGGGCCGAAUCACAUGCGACUUGACGCCACAACAGGUCCACACCUUCUACGAGGCCUGCGGCUACAUGGUGUCUGCCCAGGGUAACAAACACCAACAGGAGAGACUAUUGGCUGAUCUGAUGAAUGCGCCGAACCUUGCCUGGGACGAGAUUAUCAGGGCUGCUACUGCCGACCCGCAAGUUCUUCAAGAUUCCGAGACGAUCAAGAUCAUUGGCAACAUCAUGAAGACUAACGUCUCGGCGUGCUCGUCCAUUGGUCCUUAUUUUGGACCGCAGAUUGGUCGUAUCUACUUGGAUAUGUUGCAAAUGUACCGUGCAACAAGCGAGUUGAUUUCUCAGGCCGUUACCCAAGACGGCGAUCUAGCUCCGCGGAUGCCCAAGGUUCGAGGACUGCGAACUAUCAAGAAAGAGAUUCUCAAGUUGAUCGAGACUUACGUGGACAAGGCGGAGGACCUGCAAGCCGUCCGCCAGCAGAUGGUUCCCCAACUCCUAGACUCCGUCUUGGUCGACUACAACCGAAACGUCCCUGGUGCUCGCGAUGCUGAAGUCCUGAAGGCUAUGUCGACCAUCAUCUCGAAGCUCACGGGUCUCAUGGAGGAUCAAGUCCCAGUCAUCAUGCAGAACGUGUUCGAGUGCACUCUCGAGAUGAUCAACAAGGACUUCUCCGAGUUCCCUGAACAUCGCGUGGAGUUUUUUAACCUCCUGAGAGCUAUCAAUCUGCACUGCUUCCCGGCUCUGCUGAAGUUGGACAACCGUCAAUUCAAGUUUGUUAUCGAUGCCUGCAUGUGGGCUAGUAAGCAUGACAAUCGCGAUGUCGAAGGCGCCGGCCUUAACAUGUGCCUGGAGCUUGUGAACAACAUCGCGGAGAAGACGGAUGCCCAAACAUCAAACGCUUUCUUCCAACAGUUCUUCAUCACGAUUCUUCAGGACGUCUUCUUCGUUCUUACCGAUCCGGACCACAAGGCUGGCUUCAAGACGCAGUCGAUGCUGUUGAUGAAGAUGCUUCACUUCGUUGUUCCUGCGGACGGCACCACUCCCAAGAUUCAAGGUCCUAUCUAUACGGAUCAAGCGGCGCAGGGGACAGACAAUCGAGAGUUCCUCAUUAAUUUUGUCGGAUCCUUGUUGCGGAAUGCAUUCCCAAACCUACAGAUCGCGCAGAUCAAUGCCUUUAUUGAGGGCUUGUUCAUGUUGAACAACCAGUAUGAUAAGUUCCGACUCAACUUGCGUGAUUUCUUGAUCUCUCUCAAGGAGUUUGCCGGGGAUAACACGGAGCUCUUCGUGGUUGAGAAGGAGCAAGAGGCGCGCGACAAGCUCACGGCCGACCACGAACGACGAGCCAAGGUUGGCGGCCUUCUGAAGCCGUCAGAAAUCGAAGCCGAGGACGAUGAGUUGUGACAAGCCAAAGAAUUCAGAAAUGAAUUCGCGCCAUCACAUGCCUCGGCGGGCUCUGGACCGCAUGGUGGCCCAACGGACAACUUGGACGGCUGGGACCUCUACGGGUUGUAAGUGCGAGCCAGCACUUGAACCGCCCGUGGUCAAAGAUCCCUCAAUACUAACAAAACCCUCUCGACUUCCCAUCUUCCUUGCUUUUGU